UCAACUUCCUAUGUUCCCAAUUUGUUCAACAAUUCCAUCAGAGUUUUAUGCAAUGCCAAUUCCUCAGAAGGCUUCAAUCCUUUGAAAGAUGUUUCAUUACCCGAAAUUCAUCUCAAAACAAGGGAAAUCACAGGACUUAUUGGUGGUCCAUUGCCUUCCGGACGAUCAAUUCUAGCCUUUUUUGUUGGCCGUUUGCAUGAUCACAUAAGGUACCUUCUCCUAAAACAGUGGAAAGGAAAAGACCAAGACGUUCAAGUUUUCGAGAGUCUUCUAGAUGGGUUAUCAUACAAUUCAAUGCUGAAGAAGAGUAGAUUUUGUUUAUGCCCUAGUGGGUAUGAAGUUGCGAGCCCUCGGGUUGUCGAGGCAAUCUAUGCAGAGUGCAUUCCUGUUCUAAUUUCAGAUGGCUAUGUUCCACCUUUCAGUGAUGUUCUUAAUUGGAAGGCAUUUUCUAUUGUUGUUCCUGUUAAGGACAUACACAAUAUCAAGAAGAUACUAAUGAGUAUAUCACAGACUUAG